CCCUAUACGUGGCAUAAGGUACGAAUCCUUUCCACGUCCGCCAUUUUGACAUACGGUACUUUUCGAGAGUGUUGGUUUUAUGUUUUAUCGUUUCUCGUGAAAAUACUCUUUUUUACUGAAACGUCCGAAUAUAUAAAUACCAAUCAUGGGGAAUAUGUUUGCAACGUUAUUCAAAGGUCUCUUUGGCAAAAAGGAAAUGAGGAUUUUGAUGGUAGGUCUUGAUGCAGCGGGUAAAACCACAAUUCUGUACAAAUUAAAAUUAGGGGAAAUUGUUACUACAAUUCCCACUAUAGGUUUCAAUGUAGAAACGGUCGAGUAUAAAAAUAUAAGUUUUACUGUAUGGGAUGUGGGCGGCCAAGACAAAAUAAGACCUCUAUGGCGGCACUAUUUUCAGAAUACACAAGGUUUGAUAUUUGUCGUUGAUAGUAAUGAUAGGGAACGUAUUGGUGAAGCGCGCGAAGAAUUAAUGAGAAUGCUAGCGGAAGACGAACUCAGAGAUGCGGUACUCCUCAUAUUUGCUAACAAGCAAGAUCUGCCAAACGCAAUGAACGCAGCGGAGAUCACUGACAAGUUGGGAUUACAUUCUCUACGUAAUCGCAAUUGGUACAUUCAAGCGACGUGUGCCACGAGUGGGGAUGGACUUUACGAGGGCCUCGAUUGGCUUUCCAAUCAGCUGAAAAAUGCUAACCGCUAAUUGGAAAAAUUAUUCUGUCAACAUUCAGUUGCUAUUUUAACAUCGUAUGAAAACAGCUGCAUGCCUCCUCCCCUCCUCUGUUACGAAAGGAUAACAUUACAAGAAACAAACAAUGCAAGCGAUGUCGUCACCAAUUUCGAGUGAAAAUGUAGAAGGGGAAUUAUUCCUGGGAGUUGUCUCUGUGUCACUAGAUUUUUUUUGAGGAGGGCGAGGAGCGAAGAAGCGGCCGCAGGCACACGAUCGAACGGCCACAUCGGACUAUUGCCUUGUGCAACUUAUUAUAAUUAUUAUUAUUAUUAUUAUUAUAUUAGCAUUAUAUAGUUACACUUUUUACACAAAGAUGCCACAAGAAUGUGGAAAAACUUGGAAGUAAUUAUAUUAAAGUACCUAACUCUGAAACGUACGAUACACAUUGAUUAAUGAGUAAUUUAAACGAUACCUCUUCGAUGAGAAAAUUUAAGAACACACGAGAGAGAGAGCGCGAGCGAGAGAGAAAGAGAGAGAGAAAAAAGGUAAAGUACCCACAGUGUUGCCAGUUUUGAAUGCGUUGGACAUACCGAUUAUCAUAAUGUAGCUGCAUAUUGUACAUUACAUUAUAUAAAUAUGAUAAAAAUGUGAUCAAUAGACGAGAGAAUGUUGCUCUGUCCACUACAUUUACAAAAGUCGUUCUUGCUUCGGUCCAGCGGUUGACACGAAAAAUGCAAAAAGUAAUUGCAGCAGACGGUGCAAUGACUUAUCAUUUCCUAGUUACAAAAGUUUCUUUCUAUUUUUUUAAGUUCUCAGCGAUAGAAAACUUGGGAAAACGAAAGCUAUGGAUAAUUAUUAUGCUAGUUGGCCGUGGCAGAUGUGCGUCUUCUCAACUGCCAACCUUCGCUAACUCACAGUUAUCCAAUCCUAUAUGUCUCACUAUAAAGGAGAUAUAUCAUUUAUUUAUUGCACCUCGAUAAGGUACAUUAGAAUAUAUCCUCGACAUUCCAAAAUUGUGCAGUGAACGUGACAAAAAAAUUCAGAAACUUAAAAGAAACUUAAAAGAAAUUUAAAAAGGCUCGGACAUUCGAACUGUCAGCGAAGAGUCAGGCCUCGUAGCUAUUAAAUCCAGUACUUUUGCUAUCGCGGCGUUACAUGUCGGCAAUUUCGAAACUAAUUCGCGAUCGUUCUUCGAUGCCCCAACGUUUUUCCUGUCUUUGAAAUACAUUGUUUUUACGAUAUACUCCUUCCCCUGAUUUCAUUAAAUCGCCUUUUCGUCAUAUGCGAAAAUUCGUAUAAUUAUGUAUGAAUGUUUAAACAAUUUGUGAAAUAUAUUGUAAUUGUGCUUUAUAUACGCGUAGUCUAUACAUUAUUCGUUAUCGGUCGUUAUAUAGCCGGUUACUUUUUUUUUAUCUAUCUUUGUUCAGAUCAAUCAACUCAUUACGAACUCAUUCUUCGCGCGCUCCCAUACGAGAGUUCUUUGAUAAGCAAGAUAAAAGAAAAGAAAAACAAUCAUUCAAGUUGAACGAUACUUAUUACUUUUCAACAAUCUUCUUUUAGCUUGAUUUAACUCGACGAGGGUUUGAGGGUUAUUGAUACCAUUUUUAUCGAAUUACGACUUUGAAACUUUUCAAAGACUCAAUGAAUAGUGAAAAAUGCAUCGCUGACAUUUUUUGUUCAAUGUGAACAGUGUGGCAUCUGUAUUGAACGAGUCUUCUUUGGUGGCACAUAAUUACAUCGAGUUGAAGUUUGAUACUAGCUUGUUUGAAGAUUGAAACAAAAUAAUGGGAAGAAAAUUUCGUUAUUAAUAUGUUAUUUAUCUUAAUUAUUAAAGAGCCCUCAUAACAUGAGACGGUUAACGAGCAUUAAAAUACAAGAAAAAUGACGGUAAAAUUUUUUUGCGACAAACAAUUCUCCAUUAUUCUCUUUAUUCCUACGCCCUAAAAUGUAGACAUAUCUUUGAUAUUUGAUUUAACAAGCAUAAUUCUUGUUUACUAACAACAGUGUUAAUAUAUUCGUCUUCGACUA